UGCCUCCAGUGGCUGGCAGAAUUGGUUGGGCCAGGCACCUUUUAAAAGGAUUCACGAACCCAUUUUUUUCAUAAAAGAAAACUCGGACGUUCUGUCAAGUGCCGAUGGGAAAAAAGUGCUCAGACUGUACAAUCAAACGGCAGCCUUACUGGUGGAGUUUGAAUGUCACCAAUACCAGAAAUGGAAGGAUGAAGUUUCCAAACUAGAUCACAUCCUAAAUCAUACCCUGCUGGUGCGUCACCAUAAGACCAAAAAGUUUUUGGCUAACUUUGAUCCAAAAAUAACUGAGGUCAUUUGGGAAACAAAGUGUUUGUUAACCAUGGGUCUAGAGGUUCCAAAGCAGGCUUUAGCUCUUCUCAAUAUGGAACGGAAGUUACAGGACAGUCACCUAAGGCUUAAGACCAAUUUGGAAGAGUAUGAAUCCACCUGUGUCAGCAUUCGUGAUGACUUAAGCAGCUUGCUUGCUUCAAAAGUUAAAAAUGUUGAAGUUGCCCUUCGGUUUGGCUCACUGCUGGUGACGUGGCCAUCCUUCCACCUGGACAAGUUCUUUGAUGAUGUUGAGUCUGCUUUGACUGAGCUCAAACACGUUGUACAUAAGGCGCAACAUAUUUGUAAGGCGCACAUUGAUGAUGUCCUGAAGGAAAUCUCAGACUGUGGUGAUUGA